AUGAGUAGUAACCGCCGGCAGCAGCAGAUGCAGGCCCAGGUGGGGGAGUGCUGGAAAGCUCAAGAGGAAGUACUUCUGGAAGAACAUGAAGAUGAUGAUUAUAUUGGGAGUCAUUUGUGCUGUUGUGGUGGUGGCUAUUGCACGUCUGACCCAACGCAGCAAGCAGGCCCAGAAGGGGGAGCACCGGGUGGGGGUCCCCCUGGCCCUCCACCCAACAUGAGUAGUAACCGCCGGCUGCAGCAGACGCAGGCCCAGGUGGAGGAGGUGGUAGACAUCAUGCGUGUGAAUGUGGACAAAGUGCUGCAGCGAGACCAGAAACUGUCAGAGUUGGAUGACCGGGCAGAUGCUCUCCAGGCUGGUGCCUCACAGUUUGAAAGCAGUGCUGGAAAGCUCAAGAGGAAGUACUUCUGGAAGAACAUGAAAAUGAUGAUCAUAUUGGGAGUCAUUUGUGCCAUUGUGGUGGUUGCUAUUGCACGCAUCCCUGACAAUGAGGUGGAAUUUGUGUGCCACACAACAGAUGCCAACAAAGUUGGAAUCGCAGAUCGCCAUGAUCAUAUUGGCCCUGUUGUCGGUGACCGUGAACCCAUGGGUGAACUUGCCCUGCCCAACAAGCCACCCCUGCACCAAGCAAUUUAUGGCCUCCAUGAUCUCUGUUGCUGUGUGGGACUCAUCCAUCAUCUCUGCUUGAAGGAGAGCCCACUGACGGCCUGACUGGUUGCACCGGUGCCAUGUGAGGAAGAGGUAGGUGUGAUCUCCACCCUGGCUGCUCCAGCUGUCCGAGGUGAAGUGUAAGGCCACCUGUGGACCUGCCUUGCACAGCUCCUCCCUCAAGUACUUCCUGCAUGCUGCAUACAGGGAGGGCACCAGUGUCCUGCUGAAGGUGGUGCAUGCAGGCACUUGGUAGGCUGGGGCCACAAGCAUCAUGAGCCACCUGAUCCCUCACUGCUCAACUAAAGAGAAGGGCUGGUCAUAGACAGCAAGCAUCUCCCCAAUGCUCUGGGUGAUCUCGCUUGCCCUUGCAACGCCCCCCGCCCCUUCUGUCUGCCUUUCCCCCACUGUUCCAGGGUGGCCUGCCUCUGCUUUGGGGGGGGCAGGGGCUUUGGAGUGAGAGAGGGACUUCCCUUUGGGCACACUCCUGCUGGUGCCAGGCUGAGGAGGAGCAAGGGCUAGAGGGUGGUGCCUGUGAAGAUGCAUCAGCAUCCCUGUGGUGCUCAUGUGUUUUGUUCCUCUGCCCCAGCUGGUUUUGGUUUGCCAGUGCAGGCAGAUAGCGUAUGUGGGAUCAUCUGCCAGCAAAAAAUGAUCCCAGACCACACUACCUGCUGGCUUCUGGGUGUCCGUGCAUGUGUGGAUGCUGCAAUUUCCCCCUCCUCAGCAGGCAGAGGCACAGCAACAGGAGGAGCAGACUCAGCUAAGCCAUUUGCCUCCGCAACUUCUACCUCAGCCUCCUCUGAAGUGCCAUCUGGGGAAGGAGACCUGGCUCUAGGGGAAACUUGAAAGGUGUGGAGCACAAACUCAGCUGAUUUUCCCCCCCCCCUCCCCAGAAUUUCCCUUGCUAGGGCACUCGGCUCCAACUCUUCCUCUGGCACUGGAAGGUUCAGCGUGGGAAGUGAAAUGGGAGACUUGUCAUGCUGGUGCUGCUGCUUGUUGUCGUGAUGGUGGGGGUGGGUUAUGGCUGGUGCCCUUUGAGGGGGGUGCAUGUCACAGGCCAGCUGGGCACUGUGAGUAUCAAUUUAGUUGCAGGCUGACUGAGUGCUGCAACUGUAUCAGCCACUGGGCUGUUUGGUCAGGGAUCAACCAAACUCCAGUUGGGAGUAAAGUAAAGACAAGUUUUACUUAUAACAGUAAAAAUGAAUUUUACUUAUAACAACAAAAUAAUAAAAAAUAUAUUUAAGCAGCAAAAAAGACAGUUUGCUUGUAUAACAGUCAGUAAAAAGGUUAAGCUAAUAAACAGACAACAUAACAAUAAAAGUUAAAAAUUGGCAGUGAUAAUAAAAACAGACAGACAAAUUGACAAAGAGUUCCUACUUGGUUAGCAACUUACCGAUUGUCCCUCAGUGCCAGGUACACCAAGUUGAUCCAGGGAAGUCAGGCAUCCCCGAUGCAGGCUGUCAGAGGAAAUACCAGGGGAAAUCCCUCAGUCAGGAUCUGGUCCUCACUCACACUGGGAGUAAGGAAUCCGGGGACAUGGGACAGCAAUGACCAUUCUAUUCCGUCCUUCCUUCUGGUCACUUAAUGUGCGUGUUCCUUUAUAUCCUGUUUUAUGCUAAUCUGUUGUCUUUAGAGCCACUCACAAUCUUACCCUACAGCUGUUACCCUAUGGGGUUAAAAGGUGUUAGAAAUUAUUAUAAUAGGUUACUGCCUAAGCUUGGGUUUAACCAAUAAGCAUAUCACACCACAUCACUUUGGGGUCUGAGAUUAGCAUUUUUCCCGCCCAAGUCCAACCUACUUAAAAAAAUUUUAAGAUGUGUUAAUUAUACUUUGUGGUUAGAUUUGUUAAUCUUACUGACCUUUAAGCAAAAAAAUUAUUAAAUCAGCUAAGUCUGCAGUUUUAUUUUUUAGCUCUGCUUUUUGAAACUUAUGUCAGUCUUAUGAUCGGUACAAACAGUUAAAUAUAAUGUUACGGGUUAUACUCCUGACAGACAGGAAGCGCCUGCAGGAAACAGUUUUAUAAGGUUUAUUUUAGCCAAUAUUUAUUGCACGCCUUACUCUCAAAAAGCAGAUUUCUUUUUUGCUAUAAGUUGUUCAUUAACCCUUUUGGUUCUGGUCA